ACGGCUCACUUUAGGCGCCAUUUACAAGUCGGACUUUUUUUUUUACCAGGAGUGACUUUGUGCUGGAUUAUACUCGCAGGAUCUUCCCGAUUCGGCGCUAUUUUAUUUUUUUUUAUUCGCGAAGGGAUAUUUUUGAGCAAAAGAAGGGACUAAAGCUUAAAAGAUUUUACCACUUGGGAGUAGAUUGGCCCCCCGAUCUAAAAGGAGUUGACACCCCCUGAGAUUUUGAAAGCAUGCCAUCUAAAAGUGCAAAGAGCUCCACCGCCGCCCCCAAGUCAGGAGGAGGAAAAGUGGCUGACUCCGAGGACGAGCUGGAUGUGCCCCCCCGAGGAAGCAACGGCCAAAAGGAGGAGGCACCAUCGACAACUGGUCCUUCUCCCGGGGAGGCGGUUGAUAGCCGCACUUUGGAGGAGAUUCUCGGUAGCAUCCCUCCACCCCCGCCCCCAGCAAUGACCAAUGAACCGGGGGCUCCUCGUCUCAUGAUAACACAUUUAGUCAACCGCAACUUUAAGUCGUAUGCGGGCCAGCAGAUUCUGGGCCCCUUUCACAAGCGCUUCUCCUGCAUCAUUGGUCCAAAUGGAAGUGGCAAGUCCAAUGUGAUAGACUCCAUGCUAUUUGUGUUUGGGUACAGAGCUCAAAAGAUCCGAUCCAAAAAGCUGUCAGUCCUCAUUCACAGCUCUGACCAGCACAAAGAUGUGCAAAGCUGUACCGUGGAGGUGCAUUUUCAGAAGAUUAUUGAUAAGGAAGGAGAUGACUACGAAGUCAUCCCCAACAGCAAGUUCUACGUUUCCAGGACGGCCAACAAAGACAACACUUCAGCCUACUAUAUUAAUGGCAAGAAAGCCACAUUCAAAGAGGUCGGGGCUUUGCUUCGAAGUCACGGCAUUGACUUGGACCACAACAGAUUUCUCAUCCUUCAGGGUGAGGUGGAGCAAAUCGCCAUGAUGAAGUCCAAAGGUCAGACGGAGCACGAUGAGGGAAUGCUGGAGUACCUGGAGGACAUUAUUGGCUCCUGUCGCCUCAAGGAGCCCAUCCACAUCCUGUCCCGCAGAAUUGAACUGCUUAAUGAACAAAGAGGCGAGAAGCUGAACCGAGUCAAGCUUGUUGAAAAGGAGAAGAAUGCUUUGGAGGGAGAAAAGAACAAAGCUGUGGAGUUCCUCAAACUGGAAAAUGACAUCUUCAAACACAAGAGUCAUCUCUGCCAGUAUUACCUUCAUGACCUGAAAAAGCGUGUGGUGCAUAAAGAGCAGGAGAAGCAGACCAUCUUGGAGGACAACAAGGAGCUUACAGAGAAAACGUCUAAGCUAUCAGAAGAGAUGGGGGAAAAGAAUCAGGAGCUGAAAAAUGUGGAGAAGAAACAAAAUAAGCUCAACAAGCACAUUGAGAGCCAGAAGGAGAAGUUCACCCAGCUGGACUUGCAGGAUGUUGAAGUGCGUGAGAAGAUCAAACACUCCAAGAGCAAGAACAAGAAGUUGCAGAAGCAGCUAGAGAAGGACAAAGAAAAGCUAGAAGAGGUGCGCGGUGUACCCGCCAACAGUGAAAAGGCCAUCUCUGAGGCGACGGCUUGCAAGGAAGAGCUGGAGAAGCAGAAGGGGAAAGAGGAGGAAAAACUCAAAGAGGUGAUGGAGAGUCUGAAGGAAGAGACCAGUGGCUUACAGCAGGACAAGGAAACCAAAGAGAAAGAGCUGAUGGGGCUCAGCGUGGCCGUGAACGAGACGCGCUCCCGUAAGGAUCUUGCCCAGUCGGAGCUGGACAUCUACCUGAGCCGCCACAACACAGCUGUGACACAGCUCAACUCGGCCAAACAGACGCUUCAAACCACGUCGGACACGCUGCGGGAGCGCCGCGCUGCUAUUAAAGAGCUGGAAGUCAACAUUCCCGAGAGAGGGAAGGAGUUAAAGAAGGACGAGCAAGAGCUGGAGCAGCUGAUGAAGAUGGAAAAUGAGACCCGGCAGACGGUGGGGGAGAUGAGGCAGAAGGUGGAUGAAGCCAAGAGCUCUCUGUCCUCCAAGCGCAGUCGAGGAAAGGUCCUGGAUGCACUCAUGCAGCAGACCAGGAGUGGCAGGAUUCCUGGUAUCCUCGGAAGACUGGGAGACCUCGGAGCCAUAGAUGAAAAGUACGACGUGGCCAUUUCCUCCUGCUGUGGAGCUCUGGACCACAUUGUGGUGGACACCAUCGACACGGCUCAGAAAUGUGUCGUAUUCCUCAAAGAGCAUAACAUCGGCAUGGCGACUUUCAUCGGUCUUGACAAGAUGACGGUGUGGGAGAGGAACAUGGGACCAAUCCGCACCCCUGAGGACAGCCCCCGUCUCUUUGACAUGGUGAGAAUGAACGACGAGAGCGUGCGUCCGGCGUUCUACUUUGCCUUGAGGGACACCCUGGUCGCCCAAGACAUGGAGCAGGCAACAAGGAUUGCCUUCCAGAGAGACAGGCGUUGGAGGGUGGUCACCCUCAAGGGGCAGAUCAUUGAGAUGGCUGGAACCAUGACUGGAGGAGGACGGAUGAUAAAGGGCCGGAUGGGCUCUUCUCUCAACACGGAAGUCUCCCAGGAGGAGCUUGACUGCAUGGAGCGCAAGCUGAACGAGAAGGCGUCAAAGCUGCAGGGGUGCCAAGAGAGGAAGCUGCAGCUGGAGGAGAACGUCCAGCGCCUGCGCUCUCAGCUCCGUGACAUGAAGAACACGCUGGAGAAAUACUCCAACAGCAUGACCAGUCUGUCUGACCAGGAGAGCCACUUAAAGGUCCAGAUGAAGGAACUGGAGGCCAACGUGCUGGCCGCUGCCCCAGACAAGAGCAAACAGAAACAGAUGGAGAAGAGCCUGGAGGCCUUCAAGAAAGACUUUGAAGCAGCUUCCAACAAAGCUGCCAAGGUGGAAAACGAGGUGAAGAGGCUCCACAACCUCAUCGUGGAUAUCAACAGCCACAAGCUGAAAGCUCAACAGGACAAGCUGGACAACAUCAACAAAGCUCUGGAUGAAUGCUCGUCCACCAUCACCAAGGCUCAAGUCGCCAUCAAGACUGCAGACCGCAACCAGAAGAAGUGUGAGGAGAGUGUGAGUCGUGUGCAGGCUGAGCUGGAGAGCAAUGAGAAGUGUUUAGGGGACUUCACAGAACACCUGAACAAACUGGAGGACGAGGCAGGAGAGAUCAUGAAGGACUGUCAAGAGACCGAGGCAGCGCUCCCUGAGGUGCAGGAGCAGUACCAGGCGGUGGUGAAGGAGAUCAAGGUCCUCCAGCAGCAGGAGCACGCCCUGCAGCAGGAGUCGCUGAGCGUACGACUGCGCGUGGAGCAGAUGGAGGCCGCCAUCGGCGAACACAAAAACAAGAUGAAACACUGGCAGAAGGAGGCUUCCAAGCUGUCCUUUCACGCCAUCGAGGGCCAACCUGAGGAAGAACUCCCUGCUCUCACAGCCGAGCAGCUGGACGCCAUCUCGGACCCCAACGUCAUCGUCAACAAGAUGCUCACCUUGGAGACGCAGUGCGCUCACAUGAAGCCCAACCUGGGCGCCAUCGCGGAGUACAAGAAGAAGGAGGAGCAGUACCUGGAGCGCGUGGGCCAGCUGAGUAAGAUCACCACGGAGCGGGACCAGUUCAAACAAGGCUACGAGGACCUCCGCAAGCAACGCCUCAACGAGUUCAUGACGGGCUUCAACAUGAUCACCAACAAGUUGAAGGAGAACUACCAGAUGCUCACACUGGGGGGCGACGCGGAGCUGGAGCUGGUGGACAGCCUGGACCCCUUCUCUGAGGGCAUCAUGUUCAGUGUGCGACCUCCAAAGAAGAGCUGGAAGAAGAUCUUCAACCUCUCCGGGGGAGAGAAGACCCUCAGCUCGCUGGCGCUGGUGUUUGCUCUGCACCACUACAAGCCCACGCCGCUCUACUUCAUGGACGAGAUCGACGCCGCUCUGGAUUUCAAGAACGUCUCCAUCGUGGCCUGUUACAUUUACGAGCAGACCAAGAACGCUCAGUUCAUCAUCAUCUCGCUAAGGAACAACAUGUUCGAGAUCGCCGAUCGCCUCAUAGGUAUCUACAAAACUCACAACACCACUAAGAGCGUGGGCAUCAACCCCAAGACAAUCGUGUUCCAAGAGCACGGAGCCACCACGGCUUAGAUCUUCUGCUUGUGUCCGACACCUUCAGGAAUUCUUCUUCCGUCAUUGUAAAUAUGUCCUGUGCUGCUCUUCUAUUCUUUAUUCAAUAAAAUACUUUUACUUCA